CCAAGGGGCCACCCAGAAGGCGUGGCCCCGGCAAGGAGGGGGGCUCAGGGCGUAGCCAGAGCCUGGAGACGUGGCGAGCCGAGGCCAGCAGACGAGGUUCGGAAAGCGGCAGGCCUAGAAGGCAAGACACGGACGUACGGUGUGGUGUGCAACAUGGCUUUCCGGCUUGACUUUCAUCAACUGCGGUCUGCACCACUCGGGUCUCGGAAACAGUUACUCCGGUCAGAGGGGAAAGGCAGGCCCAGGGUCCGAGACUGAGCUUUGAAUAAAAGCAGAGAGCCCGAAAGCCACGGGACCUGCAUGACUCCAGUUCCGCCCCUCCGCAGCCGGGAUUCUUCGGUAGGUUCAUUUGGCUUGGGGAUGGCAGAGCACCCCGCCUCUGAGGAUCCUCUGGGCCUCCUCCAAAACGAAGGGAUCUCCAACAUCGCUUUCAACGUCGGCUGUAAAUCCACUAGGAUCGUCAUUUAAUCUCAGCCUUUUUACCCAGCCUCGGCUCACCAAAACUGCGCCACCGAAACGCCAGGAACCUGGAAGCAACUGAGGGCGGGUGUUUCCGUUAUAGCACUUCCGCUUCCUGUUGCUUGCCUUAAAUCGGGUCAGAGCUCGGCGUUCGAGGUAGGAGUUGUGUCGUCGAUAAGUUCGAGGGGUUUAGAGGUGAGCGAGGUCCAGCCACAAUGAUUGAGGUGGUUUGUAACGACCGUCUAGGAAAGAAAGUCCGCGUCAAGUGCAACACCGAUGACACCAUCGGGGACUUGAAGAAACUGAUAGCGGCUCAAACUGGCACCCGGUGGAAUAAGAUCGUUCUUAAAAAGUGGUACACGAUUUUUAAGGACCACGUGUCUCUGGGAGAUUAUGAAAUCCAUGAUGGGAUGAACCUGGAGCUGUAUUACCAAUAGACGGGAAUUCCUUCUCCUUGCCUCCCCUGCCUUCCUCUCCCACCCUCAUUUGACAUGGUAUAGAUGCCCAUUUUUAAUAAUUCACAUGAAUAAAAACUUCAGUGCUGCUUUGUUGCUGUCA